AUGGAAGCGCCCUCUGGAGAUACUUUGGUCCCGCUGCAGCGGCCCCACUUGCUUGUUAUUCAAAGACACAAGGCCUACGGUAUCAACGGCAGAGAGCGACACAGUGCCAGUAACGACAGAUGUAGCAAAAGCAGCAGCGAAACUGCUGCAUCCGCUAUAGGAAAGCUAGCAGCGAGCUUUCUGCCGCUUCACUCCCCGUACCCACAUCCACGAGGCGCUAACGAGGGCGCACGUCCGCCUGCGCGGCCGUCACCCCAUGGUGCUCAAACAGCUGCAACCGCAAUUGUAGACACAGCGGCUGCGGCGGCAGCAGCAGUAACCGCCGCGGCUGCCACGGCAGCUGCCGCAGCAGCAACGGCAGCAACACGCUGCACAAUAACCAGGGCUGCAUACGCAGCCGCACACUCAUGCAGCACCCAUAACUGGUCUUGCCCUGUCCGUUCGGUGGACCACGGGCCUCAAGCGGGUUCAGAUGUGCCCGAGGGCUCCGUAAGGCUCCCGCCACGGCCUCGGGUGCUGCAGCAAGAAACUGGGCAAACCGUAGCAGUACAAUCACGUGGUACACUUUGCGGCCAAUCAGAGCCUGCCAAUAUGGCGGGGAGAAUGCCCGACAGCUGCCCAAAAGUGGCAGUAGCAGCUGCGGCUGCGGCUGCUGAGCUGCAGACACCGUGCGACCGGCGAUGCGGCAACAAAAACAGCGGCAGCAGCAGCAGAAGCAGAAGUAGCGACGGAAUUAGGGCUGGUAGUCGUUCUUCAUGGCACUAUAUGCUACGGCCCCAACAACUUUGGCGGAAGAAGCAACAGCAGCAGCAGGAAAAACAGGAGCGCGUUUGUCGUGCAGUGAGUGAUUACGGGAGCUGCCAUGGCUGCUGCAGCUCCACAUGCCGUUCCAGCCUCACAAUCAAGCCUCAGCAAGAGCUCUCUGCAAGGUUGACGUCCCGUUCUGGUGGUUUGUCUACUGCUGCUGCUGUUUCUGCGCCUGCUGCUGCAGCCGCUGUCGGAGAUAGCCCUUCUCCUGUUGUAGCAGUGAGCACCGCAGCGGGCCAUAAUCUUGGAAAGCGACACUCAGCAGAAGCAGAGGCAGCAGUAGAACCACCAGCAAGGCCUGUCAGCCCCGCUUCAGCUUGCUGCGGGCAGCUGGUCUUGUCAAGUACAAAAUGGGGACCCCAGUUGCUGCAGAGCAACUGGGGUGCACAACUGAGGCUUGCAGCUGAUACCUCCUGUCGUUCAGGACAUCGUGAUAGGAGCCCCACUGCAACACAGAGAAGCAGCAGCACUGGAAGCUGUAACUGCAACAGUGGCAACAGAAACAGAGCAGCAACGACAACGACAAAAUUAGUGGCAACAACGACAGUACUAAGAGCAAAGCAUGGCGAUUUGGAGGUGCCUGCGUCCAGGGUUCCGCCGAACGUGGUUAAGCAGCCACCCAACCAGCAGUCUCGUCUCCAGUGUCUAGAGAAUUCGCGUCACCACAGGAUGCGUAUGAAGGAGCAACGAGUCCAGGAGCAGCAGGAGGAGUAUCAACAAGAGCACCUGCAGCCGAGAGAGGAGCAGCAGUUGCAGAAGUUGCUGCAACACCCCCAGAAGCUACGGCAGCACAACAUGCGCAAGCAGCAGCAGAACGGGCUGCAGCAGCAUUGUAUUGUUGCCGAUGUUCUAUGCACAACAGAAGACAAGGCACGAAGUAGAUGCACCUCCAAACAGCAGCAGUCACCUCAACUCCUAUACGAACCGCAGCAACAACAGCAGCUGCAGAUCACCGCAUUAGAAGGAACUGAAAACACUACUGGGUCUGAGAAUUUGAAGGCCGCAGCAGAAAAGGUCGUUCCUGCCGCGGCUACCGCAACGGAAUCCACUACAGUGGCUUCUUCUGUGGCAGCAUGUGCCUGCGGAGAAGCCACAGCUGUUGAUGUUGCAACUCCAGCGCCUGUUGCUUCUUCUGCUCCGCCUUCAGAGCCAGCGAAUAAGGAAGCCGACCUCUGCGCACAGGGCAGGAGAACGCACGAGAAGAAGCCACAGCAGCAUCAGCCGAAAGAGCGACGGCAGCUAAAGCAGCUGCUCCAGCAGCGACACCUGUACGCUACCAUCGUGGUGGAGCGCAUGUGCCGGGUGUUGCAUCGAUCUGCAUGUCGCCGGUCUUUCAGGUUGUUGCUGAUGCAUGCGGUGCAGCAGCAUGCACUCCAACCGAAGUUAAUACACCAGCUAGAGCAGCAGUGCCAGCCAAAGCAGCAACAACAGCCACAGCAACAGCAGCAACAAGAGCAGCUGCAGCAAAAGCAAUGGCAACAGCUACAGCAGCGCAGCCAGUGGAUCGACGCUGAUCUGCAAAGUCUCUCACUUCACGAUGAAGUAAUUAGCAGAGAGACUUUCAUGCGGCUGGAGGAUUACCGAAGGCGACUUCGGCUGCAGCAGAUCCGCCUGAAACACGAGCAGCAACAACAGAAGCAGCAGCAGCAGCAACAGCAGAAGCGGCAGCAGCAGCUUAUUCAACAGCUCGCCACUGCAGCGCAGGAGCUUAAGAAGGCAAAUGAUCAGCAAGAGGCUCUGCAGGGGCGUCUAGCUACAGCCCUUUCUCGGCUACAACACUUGGAGCAGCAACAGCACCAGCUGCAGCCGAGGUAG